UGACUUAGCGCCAAAAAUAGGCUUUAAAAAAAAGCAAGGGUUUAGUACGAAAGCGAAAGUAUUAAGAGAUAGUAGUAUUCUGCUAAAAGGGUGUCCAGAUUCACAAGAAAAUGUCUUCAACAUCACAGAAACACAAGAAUUUUGUUCAGGAGCCAAUGGCAGAAAAGCCUGUGACAGAAUUGGCAGGCAUUGGACCAACACUUGGAGGAAGACUUAUUGAAAAUGGUUUUGAUUUGGCUUAUGUAGUUCUGGGACAGUUUUUAGUCCUGAAGAAGGAUGAAGAGAUGUUCAAGGACUGGUUAAAAGAAGUGUGUGGUGCCAAUGCUAAACAACAGGAAGAUUGUUUCCGGUGUCUUAAAGACUGGUGUGACAAUUUCCUGUGAAAAAGUAAUAAUGCAAACUUACUUGGAAGCCUUUCAUCAGUGAAGAUGGGAAUAGGUCAUUUAUACAUUACCAACUGCAAACAAUUAUGAAAUGAGCAUUCUUAAAGUUGCAGUAAUAUCAAAUAAUACUGUUUUAUUUAAUUUUUUAUGUUUAUGUAAUUAAGGUUUUUAAUGUUACUCAUGUUGAUGGAGAUCAAAAAUUAAUUAUUUGCUCUAUAUAUAAUUAGGAAGAUGAUAAUAUGUUAGUGAUUAUAUGCUUAUUAUCUACCCACGGUAUUAGAGUUUGUAUGCAUUCAUGGUAACAUUGUUGCAGUUUGUGCUUCUUGCUUUAAUCAGCAGGAGUCUUGCAAGAAAUUGUACCGUAGUUAACCCCUAGAAAUUGUAUCAGUCCAACCAUUUAGUUUUCCCUUUUCCCUCAAAAUUUUGUUUUCAGAUAAAAUAUUAUGUUCAAAUUAAUGUUUUAAGAGUAAUUUUGGUUGUCCAUCUCUCUGGUUCUUUUUCCUUAAUUUAAUCUUUUUGUACUUUCAUGAUUGCUGUCACCCCCCAUCAUUACUAUUAAUUAUACAAGGUUUUCUUCAUUGGGGCCUUGCUGACUGGUCAUUUUUCUUGAAAUCUUAUCUUUUUUUCUCUAUGUGUAAUGCUUAACAAUUUGACGUAUUUGAAGUUCAAUAGUUAAUGUGUACAAAUUGUGUUGUGGUAUAUUGUAUAUCAAUAUUACAAAAAAAUGCCUAAGCUGAGAUUAUUGUUCUUUUGUUCAUAUUGUCAUGUUUCUUCCUUUUAAUCAAUUCAAGUGACAUAUUAAUUUAAAAUCCUUUCCAAUAUUUAAUCUACCAUUGCUAAGAUUAUAUAUGUAGCUGAUGAUUUUAAAGACUGGGUUUUUUUCCUCAUUACAUUUCAUUUUUAUGCCCACAAUAUAAAUACCAGUAAAAAAAGAUUGAAUCCCAUAUAAAUGUGCAUUCAAAAAAAUGCAUAAAGAAUAGUCAAGUACUAAGAAAAAUAAAUAGUUUGCAACAGCAUUAGGAUAUUAUGUGAA